AUGGAGCCCUUCACCCCCGCCGAAUCGGCAGCGUACUCCAACAACAUGCACCGUUCCGACGCCGAGGGAUUCUCGGCCGCCCACUCUGUCGGAGCCGACAUCCACCCUAUUUCCCACUCCCCCAUUCCCCCAAUUAACGCAAAGGGAGGCCGCGACGUCCCAGCCGGCUGGACAGCCGUGUACGAAGGAAAGGUGACGCGGCGGUGGUGUAAUUGGCUCGGCAGCGUCCAUGGUGCUUGCCAUGCUUGGAUUGCCGAUAAUCUGUGCGGAUUCACCCUCGAACUCCUCGACGCCGGGCCACAGUUCUGGGGCAUGCCUAUGCGCGGUGGAGUCACGCUCGCUUUGGAGAUGGCGUAUUAUGACAGUACGGAGAUUGGGAGAGAGGUGCGCGUUAGUGUGCGCAUCGAUCGGAUGAGUGGGACCAACGCUUUCGUCACUAUUGAUAUUGACGAGAUUGAUGAGGGAAAGGUGGUCAAGCGUCUGGCUAGUGGGAGACAGCUGCAGACGUGGCGCAAGGCCAAGUUGUAG